AUGGCCUCUUCAGACUUCUCGUACUGGGUGUACAAGCCAACCAAAGGGGUCUCAAUUGCAUUUGCUGUGCUCUUCUUCAUUUCUGGCGUCCUCCAUGCCUGGCAAAACAAUCUCAAAUACAGAGGCUCGUGGCGAAUUGGCUUUCUCUUCCCAUGGGCGGCGGCACUAUUUGUCGCGGGCCUCGUAACUCGAGAAUAUGGUGCCUAUCAUACCGAAGAUCUCGGAGUAUUCGUUGCCAGUACCGUCUUGUUGUUCAUCGCUCCACCAGUCUACAACGGCGCGGACUACUUCAUAUUCGGCAGACUGUUGUACUAUAUACCUUACUUGUCUCCUCUUCACCCAGGCCGUGUGUGGACCACAUUCGUCGCAUUGGAUCUUGUCGAUGGAAUAAUUGCAGGCAACGGAGCCUCGUAUGCGGCGAAUACGAAGAACAGUGUAUCGAAGAUCAAAAUGGGUAUCAUUCUUGUCAAAGUGUCGCUAUUCCUGUUGCUGGGCAUGUUUCUCGGCUUUAUGUCUCUCAUUUUCAUCUUCCACAAACGAUGUGUGGCAGCCAACGUCUUCACGCACAAAGUCAAAGUCGUGGUGUACUCGCUCUACGCCUCGGGCUUCCUGAUUCUCAUCCGCAACACCUUUCGCACCGCGUCGUUCUUCUAUCCACCAAACUCGACUGCCAAUGGAAAAGAAUGGAUCUAUUGGGUACUAGAGGUCGUUCCAAUGCUCUUCAACACCUAUCUCAUGAACGUCUUUCCGCCCUUGAAAUAUCUCCCGCACAAUCACAAGAUAUACCUGGCGAUGGAUGGCAAGACAGAGAUCGAAGGGCCAGGAAUGGUCGAGAAGAGACCAUUCAUCCUGACAUUGAUUGACCCAUUCGACCUUGUUGGGCUUAUUACGGGACAGGAUAACAAGAACAGAUUCUGGGAGAAAGACGGUAUUGGUGGUCCAGGAGGAUUGGCAAGACCUGGAAUCGGAGAGGAUAAUGAACUAGGACGGACCGUGAGAGAAGACCACAACAAAGCUUGA